AACACGUUCGGGAAAAGUGCCUUAAAAUUUUUAAAUACAUACGUCAGAUACAAUUAGUUAUAAAUUAUGGCAUCGAAAGUAUCUCGCGACACGCUCUAUGUGGCAGUCCAAAAUAUCCUACAGGAAUCGCAGGCCAAGGGACGCGACUGCCUUGAAAAAGUGGAGCUGCAGAUUGGACUCAGGGACUAUGAUCCUGAGAAGUGCAGACGUUUUUAUGGAAGUGUUCUCUUACGUCACCUGGCAGUUCCCCAAUUGAAGGUGUGCGUGAUUGGAGAUCAAGAGCAUUGUUAUGAGGCAAAGGCCAAUGGAGUCGAUUGCUUGGAUGUGGAAGCCCUCAAGAGGCUUAACAAGGAUCAAAAGUUGAUAAGGAAGUUGGCCAAGUCCUACGAUGCCUUCUUGGCCUCCGAGUCGAUAAUCAAGCAGAUCCCCAAGCUUCUGGGUCCCGGUCUUACCAACGCGGGCAAGUUUCUCACUCCACUGACUCACAAGGAGUCUAUGCGCUCCAAAAUCCAGAUACUCUCCACCAAAAAGCUGCUGAUGAGGAAGAUGGCCUGUCUAUCAGUUAAUGUCGGCCAUGUUGGCCUGCAUGCGGAGGAACUGGCUCGAAACAUAAGCAUUUCGAUUAAUUUUCUUGUUUCGCUGCUGAAGGGAAACUGGCAGAAUGUGCGCUCACUUCAUAUCAAAUCAUCCUUGGGUGCACCUCAUCGACUUUAUUAG